CCCCACCGACAACAAGCACCCUGUCCGUGGCCAGGUGGGGAUGCAGCCCGGCAAAGAAAGCAGGCUUGUCCGCCACGGCCGUGGGCGCAUACACACACAUGAAGCGCAGGCGCAAGUGACCCACGUCCCAAUCCCAACAUACCACACGGCCCGCCGCAUCCGUUGACGGCGGCUGCAGUACGCAGCCGGGAAGGGACAGCCGACUCCGCGCCAGGAUAGCCGCCCCACAGGAAUGGGGCGACGCUGCCGGGCUGGCAGCGAGGCAGUGGCGCCACGGAAGGUGCGAGACCAGCGCCCGCGCCUUGAGCGGCGAGCCCAGGCCGUUGACAUUCACUGUCAGCAGCCGAAGGUUCGCCGCUCCCACUGGUGGCCGCAUUACGAGCCCCCGGCAGCGCCGUGGCGGUUGCGGUUGCUGUUGCUGCUGUGGCGUUUGCGGCGGGGGGCGCCACCCUGGCUGGGGGGCGCGCCGCCGCUGUCCUACCGGCCUAUCACGCUGCUCAACUGCGACUUCAAGAUGGUGUCCAAGGCCGUCAGCGCCCGCCUGCAGCCCGCCCUGGAUGCAGUUGUGGAUGAGCUGCAGACCGCGUUCAUCACCGGCCGCUGGAUUGGUGACAACGCGCUGUACCUCCAAGGCCUGAUCGAAUGGAUGCGCCUGGACGUGGGCGCGGACGGCACGCCACGGCAGGGUGGUGCGCUGUACUUCUUGGACAUUGAAAAGGCGUAUGACCGGGUGCACCGGCAGUGGCUGUAUGCGUCCGCGGAGGGACUUGGGUUUGGGCCGCGCAUGCUGCGCUGGAUCCGCCUGCUCACUGCCAACGGCUCUGCCCGCGUGUGUGUGAAUGGGAUGCUCUCUGACGCCUUCCCAGUGCUGAACGGCUUGCCGCAGGGCAGCACCGCCUCACCACCCCUGUGGGUCAUCCAGAUGCAGCCACUGACGUCCUUUCUGCGGCGGCAGGUGGAGCAAGGGGCACUGCGCACGCCCCUGUUACCCAGCGGCGAGCAGGCGCCACCGGCUGCCCACCACGCUGACGACACGACCCUCACGGCGCGCGACCCGGCGGUGGACGGGCCGGUCCUGAUGGCGGCAGUACAGCUGUUCUGCCGCGCGUCCAACGCCCGUGUCCAUCCGGACAAGAGCAAGGCCAUGGGCCUUGGCAGGUUUGUUGCCAUCUGGACGGUGCUGGCGGCGAAGCUGGCCUACCACUUCAGCUUCCUCAACCCGUCGCCUGCGCAGCUGAAGGACCUCACCGACCUGGUGGACCACUUUGCUGCGCGCUCCAUGCACGCUGAGGACGCCAGCCUGGUGUCGCACGGGAACCCGCUCCUGCUGCCAAAGCAUCACCGGAUCGCUAACUCAGUUAGCAAUUUGACUCGUCCUUACGGCAGAAGGGACCCGGGCCGGCAACCCUGGAAGAUGCUCACCCGGGCGCUGCUUACUCAUGUGCGCCCGGACUCCGCCACCACGUGGGCGUGGGUGUACAGCGACGCGCCGGCGCCCGCGGGGCUGCCUGCCCGGCUGGCGGCCGCGGUCGGCCACGUGCGGAGCGCGGGCGUGGAACAGCAUCCACUGCAGCCAGCCACUCAGCCGCCAGCGGCGCCGCCACAGUGGCGGGUUAGCCUGGACCAGCUGUGGGUGGCUAACGCUGCGGGGGCUGUGUCCUACGUCCACUACACGGGGCGGCUCUUGGAGCCUGGGCCUGGCGUGCUGCCCCCGGGGGUGGAUGGGGCGUGGCAGCCUGCCUGUGUGCUGCAGCAUCGCAAGCCGCGGCACCUGUGGACCUUUGAAGAGCGGGCGGCGUACGAUGCAGCAUCACCAGGGGACCGGGCGGGGGCGUGGCCUCGGGCGCCGUACUUCCUGGCGCCGGAGGCUGGGGUGGUGGUGCACCCGGAGCACUGCCGGAUUGCGGGUGUCAGCUUAGCAGACUACACGGUGCGGGACGUGCGGCGGGCCAUCACCGCGGCCAACCCGGCCGCACCUCCGGCUCCGGCCCGCCCCGCAGCCAUGCCGUGCCCGGCGCCAGCUCAGCAGGCGGGGGGGUCGGGGCCCCAGCCGGCGGCACAGUCGCGGCUGGCGAAGCAAGAGGCGGAGUGGCAGCGUGCAGCGGCGCAGCUGACCACCACAGCGGCGCAGCAUUUCCACAAUAACCCGGUGGCUCUGGACCCCUGGCUCCACCGCACCUCCACGGCAGCCGGGCUGCAGAACACGCCAGAGGGGGGGUCGUCUAAAUGGUUAAGACACUCAAGCCGAUUUCGUUAAGGCUUCGAGAGAUCCUGGGUUUGAAUCCCGGUCACCCCACCAGGAAGGGCCCUGGUUUACCAAAACCCAUCCACACCUUGGUGGUGUGUAGACCCCCCCUGUGGUGCAGGGAGUCUCUGGGGUACAAGGCUGGAGCUCUGGGCCUGCAACUGGAGAGCUUUCAAGUUCAAGAUCCAAGAUUCAAGUGGAGCUCUGGGCCUGUCAACUGGAGAGCUCUAGAUGAUCUGUGUGGUCAUGGCAGUGGCUGUAGUUGUCACCUAGCUGUUGAGAACUCCAGUAGGUGUGUGGUGUCACCUAGCUGUUGACGUCUCCAGUAGGUGU